CAACAGUCAAAUUCAGAAUCUCUUCAUGAACCAGACCUCAAUCUUCAACUCUCUUUGGGAAUUAACUUCGAGGGUGAGAACUCGCUAACAAGGUCGUCUUCAGUGGCUGGAUUCAUGACUCAGAGAAAGGACUCUGGGGAAGGUGAGAGAAGAGUUUUUUCAUUGGAGAGGUCUUGUUCUCUGCCGGCUAAGAGAGAGCAACAGCAGAGGCUUAUAAAUAUGAGGGAGUUGCAGGCAAUGAGGAGAAUUCAGGCGAAGAACAGGCUUCUGGAGAGGCAGAGGAUAAGCAGGGAAAAUAAAGAGAAAGAAAAGUCUAAAGCUUUCCUGCAGGAGCCAAUGCUCCCUUUGCCUCCAGCUGAAAUGGCUACUUGGGCCGCGGCUUCGCUGGCAAAGAGCCCCCCUCUAUAUCAAGCCAUUGUCAACAUCAACCCACAAGGAGAGUUAGCAGCUCAGAGCCAAAAGGACUAUAAGUACUUCCCUUGAGCUUCAAUUCUUAGCUGCAAAUGUCGUUGUACCUGAAAAUAUAAAUUCCCAGUUGAUUGAAGUAAACAAAGAAAAAGGUGACAAAACAAGAAAAGCUUACUGGGUUAGCGAUAAAAUGCAGUGCAGAAUCAAAAACCAAAAGCUAUGGACGAAGAAGAAGAGUUAUUUUUAGAAUUUUUUUUUUUUUUUAAAAA